AUGUGCGUACUUGCAAGUCGUCAAGUGCUAUCGCUUUAUAAAAGUCUCCUUCGCUACAGUCAGCAAGUCCAGUACACAGAUAAAGCAUACUUUUAUAAAAAAAUCAAAUCAGAGUUUAAACUUAACAAAAACCUGGAUAAUCCAGGAGAUAUCAAUCAUUAUUAUAAUAAAGGUUUAGCUCUUCUUGAAAGACAUUCAGUUCUGUAACUUAAACAAUACAAAAUGUUGAACACAACUGUAAUUAGAAACCAUCAAAUUGUAAAACACAUUAAUAUUUUCAUCAACAACACCUACAUAUGUUAUAAACA